AUGGCUGUGCGGCGUACCUCCCUGUCGUGCUGCUUAUGUCUUGCCCCAGCUCGCACAGCCGGAGGCCCCCUUCUGUUGCAUCCUCUCCGCCUGGGGCCUCCCCUUGCCUCCCUCUGUCCGCUUCCGUUCUUCUUUGGUCCUACGGCUGCGCUUAACCGGUCCCUUUCGGCCCGUCUUUCUUUACGCCUUCCCUGGCCUCUCCUCGCCUCCGGAAGACACAACCAGUACUCGCCAGGUUGCUUGCCCAUCCCCUUGUCACGUCUUCACGACAUACAUAGGCACCUGCGGAUUCCUUACGGAGCUUGGUCAGGUGGUAGCACCCUAGGGUCAGUACCUCCGUCGCUGCCCGCAAGGCCGGUGGGGGCCCACGGAUUCUCUUCUGAGGGGGGGGCCACCCCACAUCUUGUCCCUCUGAGGAAGCAGCUACGGGCCAUCAAACGCCUUGACCCAAAGCUCCAAUUACACGUGCUGAGAGAGGGUCUCGGGAGACCCCGGUGCCAACGAGCACAGCGUCUUCUGAAGAGGGGGGACCCGCAGGCGGUCUCUGCACGGUGCCCUUUCUUCUUGCAGCAGCUGAAGCCUCGCUUGCGGUUGUGGAAAAAUGCCCUGACUGUGGAGGAGUUGCCGCCUCCUUUGUAUCCCGAGGUAGCGUUUGCGGGUCGAUCGAAUGCUGGAAAGAGUACACUACUUAAUGAACUCUGUGGGCGAAGCGGCACUGCGGCGGUGUCACGCCGGCCAGGCAGUACUCAGUCGCUCUUUUUUUUUAAGGCCGGUUCUCCAUGCUGUAUAUGUCUCGUGGACCUCCCUGGAUAUGGCUAUGCUGAGGCUGAAGCAUCCAAGAGGUUGCAGUGGACAGAAAUGUCUCUUUUCUACCUCAAGGCUCGCCCGAAUCUCAAGCGUGUCUUCCUCCUUGUGGACGCGCGUUGGGGGCUGAAAGCAAGCGAUAUAUGUCUUCUGUCUUUCUUCGAGCGGCAUCGCAUCCCUUUCCAGCUUGUGCUAACGAAGGCUGACCUUCCGGAGCAAAAGUCCCUUAUAAAGAUUCUUCAGAUCGCUUCAGUUGAGAUGAAGAAGUUCAAGGGAUGUGCAGGCCCCCCAUUGGCGGUCAGUGCCCUGCGCCACCGAGGUCUAGACCAUCUUCGUGCGGAGAUAGAGAAGCUACGGCUGUCAAAGGAACUUGUCAUUGGGAGACUCCGCCUCAAGGCAAGCAAAGGGAAAAGCUUUGUUCAUGAGAUCCUCUAUUCUCCGUUGACCCUCGCGUGUCGUCUCCUCGCAUCCAUGCCCCUCUUUGCCAUGAAGGGUGGUUCCUGCUGCAGAGCAUUCACUGCAGUUCGGUGGCUGCUCAAUGAUGCUAGCAGGGGGCAUAAUCCGCACAGUGUGGGGCUGUUGUGUUUUGUUUGCAUCAUACAGGCGGCAAAUUUAGUCGAGGCACGGCGCUUGAAGAAGGAGGCCAACAAACUGGGGGGAGGAGUGAGCUCUUUGUCCACAGCUGAACACACAAAGACGGCGACUACGCCAGGGCUAGCAGCUUCUACAGCCACAGGGUCACCUGAGCGAGAGGCACAGAAGCAGGACAAGCAACUGGUGCAAGCCCCAGACGACCCCGUUGCCCGCGCUCUUGAGCGCUGGGGAACACCGCUUUCCAGUGCCGCCAGCAGAUCGCUGGAUCGGAUACUUACCCAAGAGGAAGGCGGCUGCUCUGGUGAUGAGCCUAAGGGCAGUGGUGAAGCAGAAGACCUCGCGGCUGAGGGAGAAAGCCCUUUAAAUCGCAAGGCGCUGGAACUCAUUGCUGUCUCGCCUCAGGAUGAAGCGGGAGUAGACGCACUUGGUGGAACCGAGUUUACGGUGGAAGAGGUUUCAGCUGUUAGGAGAAGGACAGCAUUGAGUUCAGUGCUUGCCGCCGCCGUUGAUAGAGCCGCAGGGGCUUUGCCGCUGCCGGAUGUGUCUUGCGCUGAAACCCUUAUACGGGAUUUGCUGCCUUCUUCGUCCUGCACGAUGAGGCAUGUACACAAGGCUACAGAGCCACACGAAGAGCCACUAGCGGGCGAAGUUACUGCCAGAUAUCUGCAAGAAGUGAACACCAACGCCACUCCCUUGUCUGCUCCCGUGUCAGACGCCUUGCAUUCCUCUUCUCUGCACGUAGAUAUGAGAAAUCCUCGACAAUCUGCGAAGCCCGCCAAUUCCGCAUGGGCCGCAAACGUAUUUCACGAGGUUCGCCUUGAUUCCUCAGCAGCUGCUGCUAGCUCCGCUAGUCUGCAUUGCUGCAAGAGGGUCGGAGUCGAGUUUGAGGGGGACUGCGCCACUUCUCUAGAGGCGUGCGUUGAAUAUGCUGGAAAAUCAGCAUUGGAGGCGCAGAGGCCUAACCAGAACGAAAAGCAUCCACAGCAGUCCAAGAAGCUGAGCCUAAGCCCAGCAGGGAGAGAAGAUCCCUCGGGGGCUCCAGCUAGGAACGCAAGCAAACGGCCGCUAGACCUCCUCCGCGCCAACGAUUGGCGAGCGCGACGCGUUGGUCGAGCCGCUGUAGAAAUUGACAUGUGCCUUCCUAGAGUGCAGGACGCUGCAGGAAACGUAGCGACGCUCGACUUGGGGUCAUGGGACAGUGAGCACAAGAGGUGUGCACCAGUGCAACAUAUGUCUCAAUGCCCGCCAGGGCCUCUUCCAGAUCUGAGUGCUGUUCUCAACGCCCAGCAGCAGCAGCAGCAGAGACAGAGGCAGCCCACCGCUCGCACGCACAAAGACACAGUCUCUAGGCGGUCACCGUCCAGGCCACCUUUAGGUGGGGCUGUCUUCCUUGAUGAAGAAACGCUCGCGGCUGAAGACUUCAGUUGCAGUGCAACGAGAGCGAAAGGCCGCAUUGGAAGUGCUCCAGACCCGUCGAACUACACAGGUGCCCACGAACUUGACAUGCAGCGCAGCUUCGACCGGAAGUGGCGGAACGAGCUUUUGCCAGUCGGUGGCUCUUCCGAGGCCAGCAACCUCGGUACCAGCAAGUCUGAAGAGAAGCACGGCAUCGCUGGUGGUGCCCAGAGGAACAAGGCGGGACAGUCAAACCCGUUUCGCAUUCCUCAAGAUUAUAUUGGUACUAGAGAAGAUCGCACUAAGGCGACGACGAAACGCCUGGCACUGGAGAUUCUCCUGCAGCGGGCCCAAGAGGCACAGCGAUCGACAGAUAGUUCGCUAGGUUCAGAGGAAAGGAACCGCAACACUGCCGAUUCACUCUUAUUCUCUGCAGCGCAGCGGCGCCAGGAACGCCGACUGAAAGACCUCGCCAACAAGACUAACAGGAGACAAGGCCGGUCAAAGGAAAUGAGUUGGGAUGUUGCUUACAGAAAAUGGGCGCGAUGGGCAAAGGCACACCCGGCGCUCGCUAGGGAAGCGCCACGGCCGUCGGCAAAAAUAUUGAAGAAAUCAGUAGAGAAGCUCGGGAGGCAUGUCUGCAGGAGGCAGGAGGCCCGUCAGUGA